ACUUAAUUUAUCUCUUGAUUUUACAGGAAAAUGAGUAAACGUAGCCGUGACCCAGCGAUAAAUAAACUGAGAGAGGUGAAAGCAGAGGCCGAAUCUCUGGGAAUACCUGAGGCAAUUAUCAAUGGGUUACAGGCGGUUGAUGAUUUGGCAACGGCUCGAGAAGAUUAUUGCGACAGUAAGACGUCGACAGCAAGUGAGCCAAUAGCAGCACUGAUAAAAGAUACGCUAGAACAUCCCUGGAAGAACGUGUACGAAGAAGGGAAAACGACAUGGAAUAUCACCCCUAGAAUGAUGUCAGGAAAUCUGGAAGGAUAUGUUUUAAAAUUCUUAGUCAGUGCUUCUAAAUCCAAAAACGUUCUUGAGGUUGGUAUGUUCACUGGAUGUGCUGCCUUAGGAAUGGCGGAAGUUAUGCCGGAUGACGGGAAGGUCGUCACUUGUGAAAUUGAUCCAUACCUAGUAGACCUAGCUAGGAAAUUGAUGGAUAGGUCGCCACAUGGAAAGAAAGUAGAAAUUCUUACAGGUCCAGCAAUAGAGAGUCUAAAUGGUUUGGCUAAGAAAAAUCAGAAGUUUGAUUUCAUCUUCAUAGACGCUGAUAAACCGGGCUAUUGUGAUUAUUUCAAUAUAUGCUUCGCAGAACUUCUGGCCCCCGGCGGUACUAUUGCUAUGGACAAUGCCUUAUUUGGAGGUAGGCCGUACAUGGAAGAUUCGCCACCAAACGAAGGCGUUACCAAGUUUAACAACAUGAUUGUGACAAGAAAGGAUAUUUAUUAUGUUUUGAUGCCUAUUAGGGAUGGUGUAAUGCUAAUCAGGAGAAAAGAGGACAUGAAUGGAACCGUUUGAAAACAUUGAAAAACUUAGCUUAUACAUUAAGCAGAAAGAGCUAGGAAAGCAUUAACUGUGAUUUUCAUUGGCACAUAUCUUCCAAACAGAUAUUGUGUAAUGAUUUAAAGCAACUCGUUUUUGCAUUUGGAAGACGACUUUAGUUUUAUAUUAUACUCUUAUUAAAUGGCUGUCUGUAAGUGAUAAUGGGAUAUUGCUACAAUAAAAAGAAUCAUUACAAUUC